UCUAAAAUGGCGGAACACCCAAAAUUUUAAAGACAAAUUAUUUUCCAUUUGAUUGCCAAUAUCUAUCUGAUUGAAGGAAGAUAACCUCGGAAAUCAUAAGCACAUCAAUCUUAUGUGCAUAUAGUUCAAUCAGGAUGCAUUAUAGAUGAUAUUCCAAGCCAGAAUGAAAAUACAGAGAGUCAAAGACAUGGAGUGGAGUGAAUUGUCAUUAAGGAUAGAAACCUGUUAUCAAUAACAACUUGGAUUAUGAAGACAGCGUCUACCAGCAUGUAAUAUGUUCUUGUUUUGUAUUUAACAACUGAGAUCUGAUUGAUGUGAUUAUGACAAUAAAUAGACAAUAAAAUGGCUGAACUAACUGAAGUUGCAGAUGUUAAGCCUAAGAAACCUGGUGACAAAACACCAUUGCUUAGUGCUGUUAAUUCCGAUAUAGAUGAUUAUGGUUCAGAGGUCGAUGAAGUCUCCCUUAGAAAAGAUCCAUUACCAGAACAUACUCCAGGUUUUGUAUACGUCCUGACUCUGUUUGCCUCUAUAGGUGGCUUCCUAUUUGGAUAUGACACGGGGGUUGUAUCUGGGGCUAUGCUCCUCAUUACUGAAGUUUUCAAUCUGAGUUCCUUAUGGCAGGAAGUUAUCGUGAGUGUGACGAUAGGUGUCGCUGCAUGUUUUGCAAUAAUAGGUGGCUUUAUGAAUGAUAGACUGGGUAGGAAACCAACUGUUUUGUUUGGAUGUUGCGUGUUCACUAUAGGCGGUGUCGUGUUAGGAGCUGCACAGAAUACAACCAUGUUGGUACUUGGGAGAACCAUUCUAGGCAUUGGGAUUGGCAUUUCAUCAAUGACAGUUCCAAUGUACUUGGCCGAGACUGCUCCAAGUCACAUGAGAGGCAGAAUUACCAUGACAAACCAAUUAGCCAUAACAUUUGGCAUGUUCAUGGCUGGUAUCAUUGAUGGCUUGUUCAGUUAUGAUCGCAAGAAUGGAUGGCGGUUCAUGCUUGGCCUAGCUGCUGUGCCUGCAGUUUUACAGUUUAUAGGAUUCUGGUAUAUGCCAGAGAGUCCAAGAUGGUUAAUCAGCAAAGGCCGCAAAGAGGAAGCUAGAGCAGUGUUAAAGAAGAUCAGGGGGUAUGAUCAAGUGGAGGAAGAGCUAGGGGGUAUUGUUCUGUCAUUCCAGGAGAGCACAGUGGAGCUUGAACAGAGAUCAGUUGGUGGUCCAAUCAUAUGCCAGAUGUUGCGAAACCCAUCAGUGCGUCGUGCUCUUAUGGUGGGGUGUGGACUGCAGAUAUUCCAACAGCUCGCAGGAAUUAAUACUGUGAUGUAUUACAGCGCGACAAUACUCAAACUCUCAGGUAUCCGGGACCCAUCUGUUGCAAUAUGGCUAGCCGCAGUGACGGCAGGCGUCAACUUCAUAUUUACCUUCGUUGGUAUAUGGUUGGUGGAGAGGAAAGGGAGACGUUCUCUCCUGUUGGGCAGCACAACAGGUGUCCUAUGUGCUCUUCUAGUUCUGGCCCUUGGGUUCCAGUUUGCUGCCUACUUUUCUCCAGCUAUCACAUACCAGGACAUGGGUGUCAGCAAUAACCCAUGUACAACAUACAGCAACUGUGAUGGAUGUAUCAGUAGUUUUGGACAGUGUGGCUUCUGCUAUCUAGAUACUCCUUCAGGAGCAGCUAACGGCUCUUGUCUCCCUCGUUCUUCAGUCUUUCAUCAAUCAGCAAUAGGACGAUGCAAUACUUCCGCUACAACUUCAAAGGAUCUUGUAUGGGCUCCAGAUUUCUGCCCAACUAAGUAUUCAUGGAUAACAAUGUUUGGAUUGGUUGUUUAUCUUGCCUCCUUUUCUCCUGGUAUGGGUCCUAUGCCAUGGACCAUCAACUCUGAGAUUUACCCAUUAUGGGCCAGGAGCACUGGUAAUGCAGUUGCCACAUCUUGCAAUUGGAUCUUUAAUCUCCUGAUCUCCAUGACAUUCCUCAGCCUCACUGAAGCACUCACUAAAUAUGGUGCUUUUUACCUGUAUUCAGGAUUUACAUUCAUUGGAUUAGUGUAUUUGGCCAUAACUCUACCAGAGACUAAAGGCAAGACAUUAGAACAAGUGCAGGAGCUGUUUGACAAGCCAUUCGCAUGCCCUAAAUUAAGGUCAACCUGA